AUGCAAAGACGGACAAUAAUGAUGCGCAGUCGUCGAUCAGUCACUCGUACGAUAAUGAAUGCGUCCGUUGCUCUUGUGUUGUGCUUUGUUCUCGGCAGUGCCGUAGGAUACAAUCUGCAGAGGGAUGCUCCGUACAAUAUCGGCCCCAAUGAUCCAUAUAAGUUCGAUUACACGAACUUAGGACAGGAGCAAUCUCAACGAUUGUUCUGGGGCAAUCAAGGAUCUAAUCAAGUCGGCGGGUCUGGACUGUGGUCUCAUUUAACGAACAAGUUUCCGUUCUUACAAACUAUGUUCGGGCGCAUGGAAUUACCAACCAAAUAUGGGGUCCCGAACCAGUACGAUUUAUCUGGCGUAUACGGCGCACCGAGUGCAUCGAGCUUUGGGAAUCAGCCUCAGCAAUUUUAUCAGACGCCACAGUUUUAUCAGACGCCACAAUUUUACCAGCGUCCGCAGCCUGGACAGUUUGGGCAAAGGUUCGCUCCGUCCGGUCGUGAUGUAGCGAUUACUGACGACGCUGUGAUUGUAACCCCGCCCUUCGUGCCGGCCAUCCAACCAGCUCCUGCACCAGCGCCCUUCCCGGCACCAGCCCCAGCACCCAUGCCGUCACCUUCACCUAACCCUCAACCUGGCUAUCAAUACAACAAACCACAAUACAGAUUAGAGUUGCCUCAUAAAUAGUACUGUAACGAAAUAACACUAUCCUAUCCUGUGAUGUAAUAAUACUGUUAUUAUUUAAAACUCUCCUAAA